UACUGUUUUAGUUGACAUAUAAGCCCACCGAUAGGACAAAAAAAAAAUCACUUUACUCAGAUAUUUUAAAAAGCUAAAAGAAUUCAUAUUUUUCUUACAAGUUCUAUCGUUUAAAUUACAAAAUUAAAAUGAAACUUCAAUUAAUCUUACUAACACUUGUUCUUGUAAACGUUUUGGCACUAAAUGAUUAUGAAUAUAAAAAGACGAUGUUCAUUACAAACUUACACAUCGGUGCGGCUUUUACAGAAAACGCAAUUGGAUUGCUGACAGUAAUUAAAAAUUUUAUUUUUAAUAGAGAUAUACCAAUGGGGAAAAUUGCUAUGAUGUUGUCUGUACCGGAAUUAGCAGAUCGUAACAGGAUGCAACAAGCCAUAGCGGACCAAAUUUUUUUGCAAGAUGAAAUAACCCGGGUGACAUUGGUCCCUGUGCCUCCAGUUGACCCAAACCGAGAUUUUGGCAUAUACAUCAUGGGAGAUAUUGGAGAAGCUAGAAGAUUUUUUAUUAAACAGCUUAUAAAACCUUUACUCAUCGAUGCACUUAAUGGAGGCGAUCGAGCUUUCUACGAUUUGACCGCGAUGUGUCGUUUAAUAGGAAUAUACAAAGAUUUAAAAUGUUCAAAUUCUUUUAUAAAAAAUACUGAGGCUGACUAUCAUGGUAAUUGUACCAUAAAAAAUUUUGAAAAUAGUUAUAACUAUUACAAAUUAUUGGACGGCCAAAUUUGGGAAAUAGUGUUCAAUGAGCACGAUAUAUCAACACAGUUACUAAUUGAAGAGGUUGUUGAUUGGAAAAUAGAUUAGUAAACACAGCUAAAACAUAUUAAAAAUUAUAUAGUACUUACUGUUUUUAUUUUAUGUCAAUAAGAUUUAUAAUAUUGUACCACACAACUAUCCAUAUUAUCGAUUAUUUCAAUGCAUUAUUUCAUAAUAAAUAGUUUUGCUCAUGAUUAUAUGCAU